AUGUCACCCCAUCUUAAGCAAUUCAUCAAGCCUGGAACCCUCGCUAUGGAUGUAUGGCAGAAUGUGCCUCUUGACAAAGAGCAAGAAAAGGUGGACGACACAAUCGCUCGUGGCUGGAGAAUGCAAUCCCUUCAGGCAUCCGCCGAUUCUUUGUUGGGUGCUGCGACCCGCUUGGAGAACGACGUCAGGAGAGAGACACAUUAUUGGGAACAAGUCUUAUCUGUCAGUGACAAAGGCUGGUCAAUCUCUCGCCUGCCUCGUGAGAAACACAAUCUGGGCGUCCGAUUCGGCUUUUUGGAAGCUCUCGGAGAGUUUAGAGACCGUGGACUCGCUGCACUGAGGUCAGACGAUGAUGGCAAUGUUCUUCUCGACAAGGGUUUCGGAAACAACAGCAAAGUCCUGAGGGUGCGCAUUCAAAAGGGCGACAAUAUCGUUGGCGUCUCACAGAUGCCAGACGUUUCAGCCGAGUCAGAGGCUACUCUUGAAGCUCGCAUUCGUCAUGCUAGAGACUCGCUGUAUGAGGAGGAAUUGUUCCUUGAGAUCAUUCGAGAGUCGCGAAGUCUGGCAUCAUACGGCGUUGAUAUGCGCGAGUCGACCGUUCGUCUUCCGACAAGACUGUCCUCGACUGCAGCGUCAUCCACAUCAGAUGCGCAAGAGGUCUUGAUUGAUUUGAUACCAUUGACUGAGAUCGAGACAAAACCUCAGGAAAAGCAGCCAGAAGACAAAUGGGCGCAGACUAUCGCACUGGCUCUUCGCCUGUUCCUUUCAUACACCCAUCGCGAGAGACUGACACGCCGAUCUGAAUUGCCUUCACCAAUGUCAAGUGCCAGAAAGGACACACCAGUGGCAAGCAUUAUGAAGCCUGUACUAACCUUGCUGCAACACCGUUCCAUGCUUGAUGAUAUUGGCGCCUAUCUUGAGCGCAUCAAAAAGCUUCUCGAUGCUGCAUCUGUCGACACGACAAUCGAGACAGCUGCGUUUGAUCCAGCACUUUUGAGAUCUGCAGAAACGAUAGAUAGUCUUAUGCAGAGAGGUUUGACGCCUCUGCACUCGCGGAUGAAGAUGUCACUGAAGAUAGCGCAUCUGUCAGAGGCCCUCGAGUUUGGUAUCGAGAUGCGUACAUCCAUCUCGCCGCCCGCUUUCGGCAGUGCCAUGUUGGUGACUUCACCAAUAGGACUAUCGCGAGUCGAGAUACCGGAGAUGGCAGAGCUUAAAGAUUACUUAAACACAGCGAUCGCAAACGCUUUGGGUUAUGGAAUCGCGGACAAGCUGGCCAAUUGGAGUCUCAACGACAGGUGUGGUAUUCUCACCAGAACCAACAGCAACGAUAAGAUCAGCAUUGAAGUCUACGGAGAUGAAAACGCAGCACAGGACAGUCUUGUGUUACGCACGCCCAGAGAGAGAUUUGAGUGGAAGGGCGAGGAUGAGAUGAAACAAAACGGCUUCUGGGAAAUGGUCAAACAGCACGUCUGGGACGGAGCAUGA